AUUUGACCACUCAAUUGUAUGUCGUUAUAUUGGACGUGGCACGUCCUCUAAUGACCUUGUCUGCAUAUGCAUACAUUACGAACUAAGUGGGAAGUUGUUGCUGUUCAGUGAUCGUUUAUAUCAUGAAGUCUCUUCAGAAUUUCGAUGCUUUUGCAAAACCACUCAAAGACUUUCGUAUCAAAACGCUGUCUGGAGCUUUGGUUUCAAUAAUAAGUAGUCUAAUCAUCGGAAUUUUGUUCACAUCAGAACUUCUCUCGUUUACGCGCACCCGGAGUAAGCAGGAGAUUAUUGUAGAUGUCAACCGUGGAGAAAAGAUGUCUAUCUACUUGGAUAUAACGCUAAACUUUAUCCCGUGCAGAUUUUUAAGCCUAGAUACAAUGGACACGACGGGCGCGCAGCAGCUAAAUGUUAUGCACGAAGUUUACAAAACUAGUGUUUCAGUUGAUGGCACUCCUUUAUCGGAUAGUGUUCGCCAUGCUGUAAAUGAUGCUUCGGCUAUCACAACGACAAGAGAUCCCAAUUAUUGUGGCUCAUGUUAUGGGGCAGAGUCUCCUUCAAGGAAAUGCUGUAAUACAUGUGAGGAAGUUCAAAUGGCGUAUAAUGAAAUGCGAUGGGUAUUUGUAAAUAUUUCUGCAUUUGAACAGUGCCGAAAGGAAAACUGGAACGAGAUUAAACAAAAGAUAGGCAGUGAAGGUUGCAGAAUUCAUGGAAAUUUAACAGUUAAUCGAGUUGGUGGGGCGUUUCAUAUUGCUCCUGGUCAUAGUUACACUGAAAAUCAUGCACAUUUUCAUAGCUUUCAAAGUCUCGGUCCUGUUCAGUUCAACGUGUCUCAUUCAAUCGGGGAGCUUCGUUUUGGUGACUCAUAUCCUGGUCAAGUUAAUCCACUAGAUGGAACAAAAAUGGCGGUACAAACACAUUCCCAGAUGUUUAUUUACUACUUAAAACUGGUACCGACUAUGUAUACCGGCGUUAACCGAAAUGAAAGCACUGUGAUAACUAAUCAGUACUCAGCUACAUGGCAUUCAAAAGGUACGCCUCUAUCUGGUGAUGGUCAAGGAUUACCUGGUAUAUUUUUCAAUUAUGAAAUAGCCCCUUUACUUGUUAAAAUUACUGAAGAGAAAAAGUCAUUUAUACAUUUCCUGACAAAUACAUGUGCAAUUAUUGGAGGAGUCUUUACAGUGGCGAGUCUUCUGGAUGCAUUCAUUUAUCACUCUACAUGUAUAUUACGUAACCGUCAUCAUAGAAAUUAACAUUAUUAAAUGUACAAUUAUUUUGUACUUUAUUUGUUCUCUACUUCCUUUCUUAUAUUUAUUCGUCCUUCGUUCUAUUUUCUAACAUUCUAAUUUGUGUUGAAGAAACUGGUUUGGUGUAAACAUUGCGCGAUUCCUCAUGUCUUUCGACCCCCACUAUUUGCUAUUUUUUCUUUAUGUGUAUACAUCGGUAUCAAUAUACUGUAUGUGAAUUCUUUUUGAAAAUCCAUUUAUUAUGAGCCUAGCAUUCUUUUUUGUGAUAAUUGGUUUCGUAAAAUGUACAAAUAGAGUUAUAGCAACGAACAUA